UCCAGAUAUCGAUCAACAUUCUCAUCCUGGGCAAGUACCGUAGCUGCACGGCGGUGCUGCUGUUCUCACUGUUUCAGAGGAUUGGACAAGAAAGCUCGGCGGCUGGUCAAGGUCCUAUUCUGAGUCUGCCAUUUGUCUUUCAAUACCUUCUGGUUGCGAUCAGGCCCGCUGUAAGACAUCUGCCUGACAAGUGAUUUGGUAUACUAAAACCAGCGUUUUGCAGGAGGAGGAGGAGGAUCCAAUCGACCAGUCUUGAUUGCAAGCUGUCGGUGGAGAUAUCAGAGGGCCUGAUCUGAGCAAUUGUUGGCAAGUCCUUCAAAAUGGAGCGGCUAAAAUUGAUGCUGGGAUACGAUGCGGAACCAGAACCUGAUCCUGAAGAUGAAGGAAUUCUAGCGGAGCUCAAUCAGUAUUGCACCCUCACUAGAAAACAGCGCCUCUAUGGCUUUGCAGGCUGCAUGUCCCUUGGUCUGCUUUGCUCACUACUGUCCAGCCUGGUGUGGCUGAAUCCGGUCAAGUUUGCAAUUACAUACACAUUUGGGAACCUCCUUUCGUUAGGCAGCACCACCUUUUUGGUGGGCCCCAUGCGCCAGCUCAAGAUGAUGUUUGACCCAGUACGUGCGGUCGCCACCAUCGUGUAUGUAGUCGCGAUCGUCCUCACCCUCUUCUGCGCCCUCUAUUUGCACGAUAUUCUUUUGACCAUGAUAUGCAUCGUCGUCGAGUUUUGCGCUGUCAUCUGGUACAGUUUGAGUUACAUACCGUUUGCACGACGCAUGGUGGCAAGCUGUUUGACUCGGUGUUUAGAAGUAGAAGUGUAGAUGGAGCGAGUCUGUUAUGUUAGUACGCUGGCACCCGUUACUUGCAGCCCACACACAGAACGUACAUCUCAGGUUGCCCAUCCAAAGCGUGUGGAUGUAUGCGCAGGAUUCUGCCAUGCUGCCUAGGCCUGCAAAAGUGGUGGGGAUCGGCAGGACCAUGACAAAUUAGAGCAAUGUUUUAGUUAGAACAAGAGAAGGGUGUUCGGUUGCAUCGGAAGCGACUUCCUUGAUGAAUCUGCAAUCAAGAUUCAAGCUUUUAAGCGGAUCAGAGCUUCUGUCACGACAAUCUUGCAAUGACUCUAGUACGGAAUGAAUUGCAUGGACUCAACCGGAUAUACCAUACUUUGGAUCGAAG